AUGCAAUUCGGACGUGCCCUUCACCGCAUCCUGCAACGAAUCCUACACGCCAACCCUAUACACGGGCCUGUUUACAUCUCCAAGAUUGACAUUGCUGAUGGUUUCUACCGCAUUCAAUUGGCACCUUAUGCCGUCCCACAUCUGGCCGUCCUACUCCCGCAACACCCCAACGAAGAAGCCAUGAUUGCCUUUCCCUUGGUCCUCCCUAUGGGCUGGGUCAAUUCGCCACCAUACUUCUCGGCCGUCACCGAAACUGGAGCGGACCUGAUGAACCAACGCCUCAAACAGCGCCCCCAAGAGCCACCUCAUCGCCUAGAAGAGCUUGCCUUGAAUCCACCAGCACUUGAGAAGCCCGCUUCGAGUCUACCUCCGACAACCCACCGUGUGGAUAUAUAUAUAUAUAUAUAA